AUGCCGUCCGUAACAGACCGGAGAGCCUACGAGGACCAAAUACCACCUUUCAUGACAGUGUUUGAUCUGGAUGCCGAGACCAUGGCCGACCAAGACACUGUCACCCUCGUUGACCCUAAGUUUGUUGAUCUGGAACCCAAGCGACCUGGCAUGAUGAGUGCCACCCAGCACGGCCUCCGGCCGAGUAUGAUUCCCGCGGAUCCAACCCACAAGCACCAUGACAGCACCUCAACUCAAACUUCAGAGUCGGCCGACUCUUCCCCCACAACAACGCUGUCCACAACCGACUCUUCGCCUCUCUCAGACCCGUCUCCGUCCUCGUCCCCCGAUUCUCCGACAAACCUCAUUCCCCUCAACAGCUUCCCUGCCACCAGCUUCGGCGCUCUUCCUGCUGCUAAUCCCACCACACUGCUCAGCGAGCCCCCGCGGUUACAGCGACCCAUGACUUCGCCCUCGCCGCGCCGGGCGCGCAACAUGAAGGGUCUCUCGAUCCAGCCCCCCUUUGCCAGCUCAACUGCGACGACGACCAUUUCCUUGGUUUCGGAACCUUCCUCGCCAUCAUUCAUCAAGCCCAUGAUCCCUGCGAUGAGGCGGAAGCCGAGCCAAUUGAGCCUAAAGACCAACACCUCCGACUUGAUCAGCAGGACAACACUCGAGGUUCCCCCCUCGCCAGGUAUGCCUAUGCUGCAGCGCCGCGCUCUCAAGCACUCGUGCUCCUCACCUCAUAUGUCCUCUGGCCUCAAGUCGUCUACCUUUGGCCCACCCGGUGGCAUGACCUUUCCCAAGGUUCUCGAGCGGAACGAGUCUGGCCUGUCCGAGGUUCUUCGACCUACAAAGUCGAGCAUGAAGCCGUCGUUUGGCUCUGCAAUCACGGAAGAGGAUUCGCCAAUUCGAACCCAAAUGGCCAACCGAGACGAUGAUCCCUAUCGCGACAAUGAAAACAACGAGGACAUGAAGACUCCAGGAUAUCCCGAUGGUCCGAUUGCCAUUUAUGGCGACAACGUCUACCUCUAUUCUGAGCCUAAUGCAGAUGAGGCCUCACGGUUUGAUGUAGUAAUUAACUGCGCCCGAGAAGUCCGAAAUCCCUUCGAGCUUCGCAAGUCUCUUCGGGACUCCCGAUCGACUUUUGAGCACUUCCGUUACUCAACUCCUGACGGCGAAAGCCCUGUUCCCGAUACUGCCAUUUCGACAGCCAGCUUCGCCACUGCUUUCGAGUAUCCCCCGGAAGAGGAAUCUGCUGAGACGCCCACAACCCCCAAGGCAACUCACUUCAAGGAGCCCGAAUACAUCCACAUUCCCUGGGAUCACAACACCGACAUCGCACCGGAUCUGAUGAGGCUGUGUGAGACUAUUGAGGAUCGUACCAGGGCUGGCUUGAAGGUGCUUGUUCACUGCCAGCAGGGCGCUAGCCGAUCAGCCAGUCUUAUUAUUGCCUACGGUCUCUACCAGAAGCCCGAGCUCACCGUCAACGAUGCUUACUAUGCGGCCCAGAGCAAGAGCCAAUGGAUCAGCCCCAACAUGAAGCUCAUGUACUCGCUGCAGGAUUUCCAGAAGGAGGUCUCUGGAAAGCGAUCUGGACCAGCCGCUCAUGGCCCUCGUACCGGCCGUGCUCCUACCAAGCACCGGCUAACUCUGUCAGCCGAUGCUAUUGAUAUUAGCCCCAAAACACCACAGACAGCGCCUCUGCCUACGCAUGCUGAGGAUGUGAAGGAAACCCAGUUCAGCCCGAGCCCGAACCGGCUCAGAGGGAACUCGACCCCCGGCCUACUUGCCGUUUCACCAGGCCCAGCUUCUGCACCACCUACCUGUACAUGGAUGGAAGAGGUUGAGCAGCAGACUUCGGAACAAUUGGCGCCCUUCAAGCUUGAAGGUCUUCCCCAGCGGCCCAAGUCAGGACACGGCAGAUCUCCACCAACCCUAGCCCCGCCGCCUACUCUGGCUCUGGCCCCGGCACCUAGUCUGGGCUCUGAUAUGAUGCCACCACCCACUCCGGGAUUCCCGUCUCAGUCAAGCUUCGGCUUCCAGAGCAUGACAUUCCCCAGGUUCAACUCAGCGCCUUCGAUCAAGUCAGAGAGCACCAAGUACGACGAUGCUCCUAUCACAAGGACAAUCACCCUGCCAGGGUCGUUCCCUGAUGACGAGGCCCUUCUAUCCCCACGAGUCGAGACGAUGACCAACAACCCACUCCACGAGGUUGGCGAAGUUGCCGGCAUGCGGUUUGUCGAGUGCCCACCAACCCCCAGCCAGAGUCUCUUUUCCCCUCGAGCGGGAAUGUUCCCUCGGGACCCAUUCUCGACAUUCGGAAGCCCUGCAGUGGUAGUAGACCCCCGGAGCCCCCCAACAAGAGGCGAGGCACCUAUUAUCCGGUCAAUCGACGAUCUACUAUGA